UUGCGGAGUCUCUUUUUAGAUAACACAGCCUUUAGACAACAUUAUAAAUAUACCCGACUUUUACGAUUUCUUAAUCAGUGCUUCGACUGCUAUCCAAAAUGAAGUCUCUCAUAAUUGCUCUUGCAUUUUUCACUGUUUUCAAUCUGGCAACAUGUCAGUACUCCAACUUUCCAGUGGCUAGCAACAGAGACUCUAGGUAUUUACAAUAUCUGAGAGAACGGAGCCAAAUCGAAAGACUUCGCCACGAGUUCGAAACCCUAUGCCCUGGAAAGGACGACGAACUUGACGACGCACUUUAUGAGCUGAAAAAAUGCAGCGACCAAAUUGACGAAAACACAGAAACGGCCUGUUCGACCAUUAAAAACCAUUUCUCGCGUUGUUCAAAACCACUCGUCUCGCUUUUGGAAUCUUGCGUGCCUGAGGAAUCUAAAGGAGUCCCAGAGUUAAUUUUCGGAUCUGUCCAAUCAGCUUUUAAAUAUUUGUGCAAAACAGACGGCGAGCAUAUCCUUGAAUUGGUCAACCGAUGCGUCUACAAAACCAAUUACCGCACCAUGCGAUGCGAGCGUAGAUUGAGAACUAAAUUGCAAGAAUAUAAGAAGAAGUCGCCGACAAAAGCAGACAUCUGCGAAUUUGCUCACUCCAUGAAGCCUUGUUUUAAGGAGCAUUUAGAUGACUCGUGUGGAAAUGCGAUCACAAAGGAGUCUUUCAUGGGUAUGUUUGACGCUAUGGUGGCACCUUGCAGCAUAGUCUCCAAGAACCAACUCGAUACCAACCACAUCAACGAAGUUGAAGUUCUUUAGAUAAAUAGGUGGUUUAUUUUUAAACUUUCUUUUUACUUUAAUGUGAUGAUUUAAUAGAAAUAUUGUAAAAAUAAAAAUAAUACGUUAUGUACUAUUCAUAAAUACAUUAUCUUCGAAUUGUA